AUGAGACGAGACGAUCAAGACCUCUCCUUCCUCAGCAGACCAACGCCUCUAUACGUCACGGACAAGCAGGUGGAUGCGGUCAUUGGAUUUGUGACGGCAUUCUCUCUGAUUGAGUGCCUGGUCGGAAGCAAGACUGUUUCCUCGACAAACAGCGACAACAAACGACCUCGACCGGCACUGCGCCCUCUUGCCCCUCGCGUCUGUCACCAAGCCUCGAUCCGAACCGUCCAGCGAUCCCAAGACUCCGAAAUGUCCGACGCCCGCUCCCUCCUGCGCCAGCAGCGCGCAGCCCGUCGCAUCAACCACCCCCAUGCCUCCUACACCGACACGGGCAAGCUGACCUGCACCGUGUGCCACGAGCCGCUCAAGAGCGACGCCCUAUGGGAGGGCCACGCCCGCAGCGUCGGCCACCGCCAACGGCUGCUCGCCCAGCAAAAAUCGAGACAGCAGCGGCCGCAGCAGGCCAGUCCGCCGGCCAGCACGACCGGCGCCAAUGGCAGCGGGCCCGAAAAGUCUAAAUCCGGCAGCACGGACACCCUGAGCGACGAGGCGCUGCUGGCCCAGAUCAUUGGCGGGCCAGGGGCCGCAGGUGCAGGUGCAGGUGGAGGACAAAAGCGUAAACAUGGGGACACUGACUCCGAUGUGGAAAUGGACGAUGUGGAUAACGCAGAAGAGGACACCAUACGCACAAAGAGAAGCAAGCAGGACAUCAGCUCACCGACAGCUCCCUCCUCCGCGGCUGCUGCCGCCAUGUCCAACACCGCCGCACCGAGCGGCAGCAGUAACAGUAAUGAGAAAAAGGACUCGCCAGCGGACGUCGAUGCGAGCAAGAAGACGCCGCCAUCCUCUACGCCCCCAGCCCUCACGCGCCGGACCUCGGGGACUCCAUCACACGGCGUAGAGCUGCAGAUCCCUUCAAGACCAGCGACUCCGAAUGCAAACGGGGCAUCUGGGGGCUCGACUCCGAGGACAGCCCCAAUUGGGAGGAGCCCACUUAUACCACAGGAGGGCCAAGGUCCAGGAUCCGCGACAACAUCGGCCCCAAGGGCAUCAUUCGUGACGGCAGCCACAAAGCCGACAGGGGCAACAACCAGCACGGCGGCCGAAGAGGACGAGGACUGGGCCGCCUUCGAAGCAGAAGUCGUCAACGCCCUUCCACCACCACCACCAACGCUCCCGACCGCCGCCGCCCAGCCGACAACAUCAGGACCAGCAGGCUACUCCGCCGACGCGGUCAUAGCCGCCGCGCCGCUGACGGCCGAACAGGUCGCCGCCAAGUCGCGGGAGGAGGAGCGCGAGGGGCGGCGGGCGCUCGCGGAGGCGCAGCUCGAGGACGAGAAGGAGGAGGCCACGCGGGCGCUCGAGACUGAGUUCGAGGAGAUGGAGGAGCUCGAGGCCCGCGUCAGGAGGCUCAAGGAGAAAAGGGAGGCCAUCCGGCGGGGCAGCGUGCCUGCCGCCCCAGGGGCUGCGGCGGAGGGCGAGGAUACCAAGUUGGAGGUGAACACGGAGGAAGCUGGAGGAGCAGCAGAAGCACGAGAAGAGGAUGAUGACGACGAAGAGGACGAGGAAGACGAAGAGGAGGAUGAUGACUGGGCAGGUUUCAGGUUUAGAGCGUAA